AUGAAAAGAAAGACGUUGGAAAGUUCACAACAUAUGAACUGGCAAAAAGUUAAAUCCUUCGUUGGAGGGGUGGAAGGAGGAGCUGGUGGAGUACUUGGUGUGCUUGGCUGUCCGGGAAUACUUGGGAUUGGAAAGUGUGGUGGCCAUUGGAAGGUUGGUGGGCUUGGGGAUGAUCCUCCAGAAGGUGGAGUUGGAAGUGGCCAAUGUGGUGGCCAUGAAAAGGUUGGCGGGCUUGGUGUUGAUCCUCCAGAAGAAGGUGGACUUGGUGAUGAGCCUCCAGAAGGUGGACUUGGAAAUAACCAAUGUGGUAGCCAAUGGAAUGUCGGUGUGCUUGGUGCUGAUCCUCCAGAAGGUGGACUUGGUGAUGAGCCUCCAGAAGGUGGACUUGGAAGUGGCCAAUGGGGUGGCCAAUGGAAUGCUGAUGGGCUUCCUCCAGAAGGUGGACUUGGUGAUGAUCCUCCAGAAGGUGGCCUUGGAAGUGGCCAAUAUGGUGGCCAAUGGAAUGCAGCUAGUGGGCUAGGUGCUGAUCCUCCAGAAGGUGGACUUGGUGAUGAUCCUCCUGAAGGUGGACUUGGAAGUGGCCAGUGUGGUGGCCAAUGGAAAACUGGUGCACUUGGUGAUGAGCCUCCGGAAGGUGGACUUGGUGAUCCUCCUGAAGGUGGACUUGGAAGUGGCCAGUGUGGUGGCCAAUGGAAACUCGGUGAGCUAGGUGAUGAUCCUCCAGAAGGUGGACUUGGAAGUGACCAAUGUGGUGUCCAUGAGAAAGUUGGUGGACUAGGUGAUGAAGGUGGCCAUCCGAAGAAAGUCUUCACUGUAUUCAUAGCUGAAAAAGAACGCUCUGUGGUAGCUGUAGAAACUGGAAGUGAAGCUGUCGCACAUGAUCAAAAUGAUCAAAUUGCACCCUUAGUUGUAUCAUCUCAUAUUCUGUAA